AAACUAGGACUAGAAACUCCUAAUUAUCACCAUACAACCCCACGAUUCCGUACACUACAAGAACAAACACCUUCCUUUUCUCUUCCAUUCUUGACCCACUUCCAUCAUCACCCCUUUUCUCUAGCUUUUUUUUUUUGUUUUAAAUUUGCUUUCCCUUGUUUUUGGGGGUUUUUUUGUUGUUGUCUUUUUAAUUUAAUGGCUUUGAUUGUGGACCAGCAAUCAAGCUUCAAACACUUUUGUAAAAUUUGCAAGAAAGGAUUUGGGUGUGGUAGAGCGCUAGGAGGGCACAUGAGGGCACAUGGAAUAGGGGAUGAAGGUCACAUCGACGACGACGAUCCUCCGAGUGAUUGGGAGGACAAACUCGGCGGCAAUGUUCCAUCAACCAACAAGUGCAUGUAUGCCCUAAGAACAAACCCUAAUCGCCUAAAGAGCUGCCGGGUUUGUGAGAAUUGCGGCAAAGAGUUCUUGUCUUGGAAAUCUUUCCUUGAACAUGGAAAAUGUAAUAGCUCCAUAGAUGCCGAACCCCUCAUGUCCUCCCCGGGCUCCGAUGGGGAGGAGGGGGCCAGCGGUCGGAGAGGAUGUGGGUGGUCGAAAAGGAAGAGAUCGAUGAGAGCCAAAGUGGGCAAUUUCAAUUCACACUGCCCAUCAAAUGAGGAAGAAGACCUUGCGAAUUGCUUAAUGAUGUUGUCCAAUGCCACGGUUGAUCCUAUGGAGGCUGAGCCGGAGGAGUCUUGUGCUUCAGCUAGCAAAGAAGAGGAAAGAAGAGACCCUAUGAACAUCAUGGCUCCUAUGUCACGUGGGGUGGCCAUAGACAACACUAAGGCCAAAGGGGUCGCCAACAAAGGCUUGUUUGAGUGCAAAGCAUGCAAGAAAGUGUUCAAUUCCCACCAAGCCUUGGGAGGUCAUAGGGCUAGCCACAAGAAGGUUAAAGGGUGCUUUGCCGCCCGGCUCGAUCACCUCGAAGAUAGUAUGGCCGACGAUGAUGUCAUCACACAUGAAGAAUUCUUCCCCAAUAAACCUAAUUCAACCCUACAAUUCGACCACGGCUCUAACACCCCGUCAGCCUAUACCUCGAAGAGAAAAGCGAAGGUGCACGAAUGUUCGAUAUGCCACCGGGUUUUCUCUUCCGGGCAGGCAUUGGGCGGACACAAGAGGUGCCAUUGGAUCACGUCCAACGCAGCGACAGACACGUCUACAUUAGCCAAGUUCCAUGAGUUUCAAGAAAGUUUGGAGCAGCAAAUGAUGAACCAAAGGCCUAAGUUUGAUGGUUCUUCGGAUCCACUUGAUCUGAAGCUUGAUCUUAACCUACCAGCUCCGGCAGAUGAGAAUGGUGGAGGAAGUAGAGAACGUCCCAAUCAAUCAAGCUUGGAAGUCUCGACAGAUUUCUUUUUACUACCAUGGAUUGGGACAAAAGAGGAGGACAAUCCCCCUCUUCACUCCUCCCACCAAAACGACAAUGACAACAUUAACAACGACGACAACAAUAACAACAACAACAAUACAAAUAAUAAUAACACUAGUAAUGAUUUUUCAAUGCAGAAUGUGGUUGAUGAAGCAGACAGUAAGGUGAAGUUAGCAAAGCUAAGUGAACUAAAGGAUAUCAAUACCAGUGGGGGCUCCUCACCAUGGUUGCAGGUGGGGCUUGGUUCAACAACUGAUGUUGGAGCUGAACCAUAAUUUCAUCUCAAGGAAAUCUUAAGGACAUUGGCAAGAACAGAGAGUGUAGAAGACUCAAAACCAUUUUGAAAUUCCAAGGGCAAAGAGGAACAAUGUCCAAAAGUUCAAGGUGCUUGCUAAAUUUUUCCCAAAAAUACAAAUGAAAAUGUAAGGUAUGCCUCGAUGGAUAAGAAAAACGUUUGACUGACAUAGGCUCUGCUGGGUUUGCCACGUGUCAGGUGGACAAAAGCUGUGCUAACAUGUUUCGCGCACUGCCCUUAGGUUGGCUAAGCGCUGACCUACAAAGACGAGGGCGGGUCUAUUGGUCACGAGGGGCCCACCAUUUUUUGUGGUCACAAUCGGACCUACUCAAUUUAAUCUCUUUAGAAUUUUCCCGACGUGUCUUGGGAU